AACUGAGCCUAUAAAAAGGGAGUUUCACAGCAAGUAAUGUAUAACACAAGGGAUUCCUGUCUCUGUGGAUGUGAAUAGUGCUUUUCCUUUGACAUGGCACCUGUUCCUGCCAAAACAACACACAUUUUUGAUGCUGAAUGGAAAGGGAAACAGAAACUUCUGACAGCCAAAGGAACAAGCAAAGGAUCUGAAGAAAAAUAAGAGCUAAAAUAACAGUACUUGGGCUUUUCCACUUUUCUGGAAAAAAAAUGCACUUACAAGAUUGUUUCACAACGAGUCUCCCAGACUGAAAAGAACAUCUUACAAAAGAGCAUCUUUGCCAGCCGAGAUGAACUUAUCCCGUCAGCCCAACAUUCUAGACUUUAACUUGACUGUUACUGGGAACAACCUUUCACUGCCCACUGUUAAGACUAAAUCAUCAACUUGUGAGCAAGUGGUCAUAGCUGCUGAAGUGUUUCUCAUCCUUGGCAUUAUAAGCCUUCUUGAAAACAUACUCGUCAUCUGUGCCAUCAUUAAGAACAAGAAUUUGCACUCUCCUAUGUAUUUCUUUGUGUGCAGCUUAGCUGUUGCUGAUAUGUUGGUCAGUGUGUCGAACGCUUGGGAAACCAUUGCCAUCUAUUUAUUAAACAACAGGCAUCUUGUUAUUGAAGAUGUUUUUGUACAGCACAUAGAUAAUGUUUUUGAUUCAAUGAUUUGUAUAUCUGUUGUGGCUUCCAUGUGUAGUUUGCUAGCUAUAGCAGUAGACAGGUAUGUCACUAUCUUUUAUGCCCUCCGUUAUCACAAUAUAAUGACAGUGAAAAGGUCAGGGCUCAUAAUUGCAUGCAUCUGGACAUUUUGCACUGGUUGUGGAAUCAUCUUCAUCCUUUAUUAUGAAUCCAACUAUGUCAUCAUGUGUCUCAUUACAAUGUUCUUCACUAUGUUGUUUCUCAUGGUCUCCCUCUACAUACACAUGUUCCUUCUGGCUCGCACACAUGUCAAAAGGAUAGCAGCUUUGCCUGGAUAUAAUUCUGUUCAUCAGAGGACCAGCAUGAAAGGCGCCAUUACUCUGACUAUGUUGCUGGGUAUCUUCAUUGUUUGUUGGGCUCCAUUUUUCCUCCAUCUCAUCCUGAUGAUCUCCUGCCCUCAGAAUCUCUACUGUGUUUGCUUCAUGUCCCAUUUCAACAUGUAUCUCAUCCUCAUCAUGUGCAAUUCAGUCAUAGAUCCCUUGAUCUAUGCCUUUAGAAGCCAAGAAAUGCGAAAGACUUUUAAGGAGAUCAUUUGUUGCUAUAGCGUAAGCAUGGUCUGUGGAUUACCCAGUAAGUAUUAGGAAACCCAUCUGGACUGAAAAAAAGGCUUUCUAAACAAGAGUGCCAAAUGUAUGAUCUUCCAUACAUUUUUUUAUCAUUUUACCAUUGGCUGUGCCACUUUAGGCUGAUAGAGGUUGCUAUCACUGCUGUCUAAUAAAAUCCGGAAGGUCCCAUGUUUGCUAUCCCUGUUCUAAGAAACAAUGGUUCAUUUACUAAUAGAAAAGUGUAGAUGUACCUGUGUGUGCGUGCGCGUAUGUAUCUUGGAAACUAGUGUGCAAAGAAAGGAGUAGAAUUUGUAUCCUCGUAGUAUUUUCUGUAGUAACUGUGAAUAUAUUUGGUAAAUUCUCUUUGCACUUCAUGGAAUAGAGAUAAAAAGUCCGGAACAAAAGUCUUAGACUAUUCUUGAUGGAAUUCAGUUUUGAUCAGGUUUGCUUAACUGUUUGGUAAUGAGUGAAGAGCUUCUUCUACAAAAAAUGUGUGACUGUGAAUAUGAGUAUGUGACAAAUGUAAUUUGUAAAUAUCGGGUUCCAUGUGCCUCAGCCUCCAUGAGGAUGGCCAUAUACAGAGUUUUUCUAAAAU